GCAAUCUUGAAAUUAAACGGUCAUCGAGAUGAGUUUCGGGUUUGGUAUUGGAGACUUUAUCACAGUGAUCGAACUUGCUGAUAAGGUCCGGAAACAAUUUGUUAAUGCCCCGGGCGAAUUUGAAGGCAUCUCGGCCGAAGUCAGAAGCCUUACCAUCAUUCUUCGAGACGUCGAUGUGGCCUUGUCCGAAUACGAACCUGACGAGAAACAGAAGAAGGAUCUCCAGAAUAUCGCUAGUGGCUGCCAGAGCGUUCUGAAUGACCUCGAAAAGGCAUUGGGUAAGUAUAGCGAGUUAGCUUCUAAAGAAAGGGGUAUCAACAAAACUGCAAAAAGGGUAUGGAAGAAGUUAACAUGGGAACCUGACGACAUCCGCGAUCUUCGUGGUCGUAUCACAUCAAAUAUUACGUUACUAAACUCUUUCAACCAGCAAUCUACGACUACUAAUGUUGUAAAGCUGGUAAGAAGGCAAGACUAUCAGGAAAGUCAAGAAAUCCUUGACUGGAUCACUCCCUUUGAUUAUGCCUCUCAACAUGCCGACUUCGUUAGUCGGCGACAACCAGAUACCGGGAAAUGGUUUCUCGAAUCCCAGGAGUAUCAACUCUGGAUGCGAACUAAGAAGCAGACCCUGUUUUGCCCAGGAAUUCCCGGAGCGGGAAAGACAAUCCUUACUUCCAUCGUGAUAGAUGAUGUUUCUGAUCGAUUUCGGGAUGACCUGAGUGUUGGUGUCGCAUACAUUUACGGUAGUUUUCGGCGAAAGUCUGAACAGAGAACUUCUGAUCUGUUGUCAAGUUUACUUAAACAACUUUCUCAACGCCAAUCGUCCCUUCCAGAUUCUGUCAAAGACCUCUACAAUAGGCAUACUAAAGAAAGGAGGCCACUCUCUGAAGAUCAAAUAUCAAGAACCUUAGGAAAUGUUGUAUCCUUGUAUUCAAAAGUUUUCAUUAUCAUCGAUGCGCUAGAUGAAUGCCAGGCGUCUGAUGGAUGCCGAGCAAAACUCAUAUCAGUGAUCUUCGGUAUACAAAAGGAGCACGAUGUAAACAUCCUUGUGACAUCUAGGUUCAACCCCGAUGUUGAAGAUAGAUUUGCUGGUUGUGCCUCUCUGGAGAUCCGUGCAGGAGAAGACGAUGUCAGCAGAUACCUAGAAGGCCACAUGGAGUUGCUACCGAUUCGAAAUCCGGCGAUAGAAAAGGAAAUAUUAACCACCAUCCCUGAAAUAGUCGAUGGAAUGUUUCUACUAUCACAAAUCUACUUUGACUCCCUAAAAGCCAAGACAACACCCAAAGCAAUCCGAAAAGCAUUGAGAGGCUUUCAGAGAGAGAACCAAGAGCCAGGGGAAGACAAAAAGUUGCAAGUCCUAAGCCAGGCAUACGACGAUGCUAUGGAUAGAAUCAAAGGACAAGGACAAGGGUUCAAAGACCUUGCGUUCCAGGUUCUAAUGUGGAUUACCUUUUCUAGCAGACCUCUGACUACUCUAGAACUUCGACAUGCUCUAGCUGUUGAAAUCGAUGAGGAAGAAUUUGACGAAGAAAACCUUACUACAGUCGAGCUGAUGGUCUCUGUAUGUGCUGGAUUAGUUACCAUUGAGAAAGAGAGCGGCGUUAUCCGCUUGGUUCACUACACAACGCAAGAAUACUUCGAUAAAACACAAGGCCAAUGGUUCCCAGAAGCGCAACUUACGAUAACAAACAUCUGCCUUGCAUACCUCUCUCUGCCAAAUUUUGCGAGUGGAUCUUGUGAAACUGAGGAAGAAAUCAAGCAACGACUUGAGUCAGCCCCUUUUUACACAUAUGCUGCUAGAUACUGGGGCCACCAUACUGAACUUGUGCCAAAGAAUCAGUACCAGGAAGUGUUAUCCAUAGUCUUAACAUUCCUUGGAAAACCUGCUCAUACUGAAGCAUCAAGCCAGGUAUUGCCGGACCAAAGCUCUGACUUGAAGGGAGUGAUUGGAAUACAUCUAGCCGCAUACUUUGGCCUCGGCGAAGCACUCAACCUCCUUAUAAAUACGGAGAAUAUUGAGGCAAAGGAUAGCCAAGGAAGGACACCGUUAUUCUGGGCAGUAUGGCGCACACGCGAAAAUGCUGUGCAGAUACUAUUAGAGAAAGGUGCUGAUGUCAACAACAAGACCAAUGAUGGGAAGAGUAUACUUUCAUUGGUAGAAGAGAUAUAUAGGACUGACAUUAUAUACAUGCUGCUACGACGCCAAGAAGGAAAGGGUGAUUUUGAGAGCUCUGUAGAUCGCGAGUUUGAGAUAGUGCACGGUCGUGAAGUGAUAUCUCAACUACUACGGGAUAGGGGUGCUGAGAUCUAGGUUGGGUUAUUAGAGGUUUUGGUAAAAUAGGGGUAACUGCGACGUAAAUAUUUCUAUAGAAGAUAUUUAUAAUGCCAUAUAUGCAGU